AUGUUGGUGCCUGGAAAAGUGUCUCGACGUGUCGGCAAUUGGUGUGAAGAGUCUAUGCUGCGUGAGGAAAAACUUCGAGAGUUUCGAGAAAAAAUAGAAAAAGGGGAUAUGGGUUUUAUGAAGCGCCAGCGCAGAGCAGAAAUAUUAGACCAGCCAGUUGCUUUAUCCUCCACGUUGUUAUUUGGUGAAAACAUGACAAUCAAGAGUAUGUUUUCAAAAGGGUUUCUUACUGUAAAUACACCAGAGUGCUAUCCAGAUUUGAGUUCCAAAAACGCACUACCCGCUACAGUAUCACUAAAAGAUCAAAUGGAUGGACUGGAUUCAAAAGCACGCAUGUGUUUUCGACUCGAGAGAAAGAUCGAUCUUGGACCAGGAUAUGACAAACAACCAAGAUGGGGAGAACAUAUUUAUAUCACAAUUCACCUUCCUCAAAUUAACGCUCCUCUGUAUUUAGCAUCCAAAAUGCGUUCUAUGGCGGAUUUUAAAAGCGCUGAAAAGCAGCAAUGUUACUUUUCUUUUGAUGGGGAUUCCAACGCAGUCUGGAAAUAUGAAUGGUCGGAUGCGGAAUACCGUAUGGAGAUGGAAGGAACAAUUAUUGAACCUGGCACAGUUGGAGUUAUUACUCAUCUUCAUACUGGUAGACAACUUUAUGUUGAUUCUAGCUCUGUACUAAGGGGUGAUUUUGGUACAGAGUGGAAUGUCAAUUGCGAGGUUUAUAAGCAAACUCCAGUCAGAUCUGUGCAAAAUCCAAAUCACUGGAUGUUUGGAUUGGCCAGCCCAGCUAAAUCAAGCCAACAUUAA